GUAAUUAUAGUAUAAAAUAUUUUUAAUGUAUUAUAUUUUUAAAUUUAUUUUUAUAUAAAAAAUAUAAAAAAAUUUAACACAUGCAAAUUAAACUCGAAUUUAUUUAUUUAAUUAUUUAAAUCAAAUUUGAACAAAAUUUUAAUCUCAAUUCUAAAUCGAGCAACCUAAAUUUUUGCAUUAAUCCGGACAACCACGAUGAGAAUUUCUUACAACCAUGAUGAGUUACACUUGGGACAAGAACCAAAGGAAAAAAAUAGCUACAGUGUGAGAAUAAAUUAUUCAUUUGAGCCUUCUCCAUUUUCAUCCUCCACACCAAUCUCAAUUCUCUUCUUCAUCAAUCUCUCUGCGGAAUUAACCCUCAGCUUAGAACCAAUGACCACCACCACCGCAGUCACUUUGGGCGGAGGUUCGGCAAUCAACGUAGAGCUCGAAAACGUCGCUUGCUUUGCUAUCGAUGAGCACAACAAUAGAGAGGACGGUACGGUUGUGUUUGUGAGGGUGGAUCAAGCAGCCGAGCCACUGGUAGUCGGGAGGCUUCACCAUUUGACGGUGGAAGCCAUUGAUGCCGGCGGAAAGAAGCUUUAUGAGGCCAAAGUGUGGGUCAAACCUUGGUCGAACUUCAAGCAGUUGCAGGAAUUUAAACAUGCCGGUGAUGCUCAUGCUUCCCCUUCUUCUACUACUUCCGAUCUUGUGGUCAACAAAGUUGUGCAGCCUUUACCCGGUACAGGCAGGAGCUCUUACGCAAAGAAGCGAAGAGCAAAGCGCAUGGGAUCUGAUUAUUACUCGUUUGCUAGAUGGAAAACUAAAGAUGGCCAUGGCCCUGGUUUGCAAUGUAUUCCGACGCACGAUCCUUUAGUUGAAUAAGCUGCAACUCAUGCUCUGAAGACCAUUCAGCAGAGAUCAAAUUCCCUUGUGCUUUAUCAACUUAAAGAAAUCGUUCAUGCCAAUGCCGAGACAUAGGUGGUGGAAGAUUAGGUGAGAAUCGAAUUGGUUCUCAUAGUGAAGAGAGGAGAGGAGGAAGAGAAAUUGAAGGUGGAGGUAGACCAUAAGAGGCAAGGAAUUUUCCAUCUCAGUUGCAUUGAGCCACAUCUCUCUAGAUGCUAAUGUUACCAUAUAAUAGUCUACGUUAUUUAAGAGUUGUGUGUGAGUAUUGAAUAUUAAUAUCUGUAAUGCAUUUGAAAGAUUUUUCGGGGAUUACGUACUCGGGUAGGCACUGAAUGGGUGUAUAAUUAAAGAAAAUAAGGGUCAAGGGCAACAUAGUUACAUAUGGUAUGCUGUUAAAUUGUUAAUCCUACUAUUAGUUUCAUGUCAUUGAAAUAUGUAUAUAUAUUGUAUUAUAAUUCU